AUGCGGCCAGACGUCAAGCCACGCGAGCUGGGGGGGGGGCGGAGGGGAGGGGUUUCGUCUUGCGCGAAAAGCCAAGGGUCCAACGCCCUUUUUUUCUUCCACCUCAGCGUUGGCGAGUGCCGCGCGGGAGUGCGGCGUGUGAUGUUGGUUGUGCUGCGCCGUUGCUGUUGCUGUUGGUCGGGCCGCCCGUGCCCAUUCAGUCAAGCUUGUCAAACAAGAAGCUUGGAAAGGCUGGAGCUGAAGCGCCCUGUCGUCGUGGAAGGAGGGCGCCCGGUGCGCCGCCUGCGUGGGACAGAGUCCAGACAAUCUUGGUUUCCUUCAGGAGGGGCUACUUUGCUCCGUACGAGGCACGGUAGUUCGUACAGUUGA